AAUUGAUUAAUGGGAAAAGUGUGGCACGUGGGCAGGUGGUGAUUGAAUUACUGAUUCAACAAUGGACACACUAGCGCAGCCGCUAAACAAAGAGCGCCUGGAUAUGAAGUAGCAGCAUUUCAAACCCGGAAGGAUAAGAAACAGGUUGAAACACAAAAAUACUAAACGCAGCAAGCACCACCUCUCUACAGUACCAUAAGAAAGGCGGACAUACCGGAGCGGAGGACAGGGACAGCGGAGCAAGUAAACAAACGCUUGCACUUACAACAAACAAAGCAAUUGUUUGGCUUGACUAACUUGUGGACUGAUAUGGGAUCUUACUCAUGGAGAACAAUAAUAUACAAUAACGGAAUCUAAAGGAAUACAAUUGUACUUCAGGUUCGUCAAAAAUAACAUUUAAACAUAAUGUUUAUCACACAAUUGUAAAGAAAAACCGAACAUAUAAAAUACAGUACUGUCUGUAGUAUGUUUCUUUUUUAAGCACAGUAGAGCGUGCUAUUUGUUGCCUUUUUAAUUCACUUUUUUUCUUUUUUGUGGCGUGUAUGUUAGAUAGUUAGCAAUGACGGUAGCUGUGUUUUUCGGAUGCUCGUUUAUCGCUUUUGGGCCAGCGUUUGCCCUUUUUAUUUUCACCAUCGCCCGAGAUCCACUGCGAGUGAUUAUCCUUAUCGCUGGGGCCUUCUUCUGGCUGCUGUCUCUGCUGCUGUCCUCGUUGGUCUGGUUUAUUGCCAUGAAAGCCAGCAAUGACAAGGAUCAGCAGUUACAGAGGGGCCUCCUUAUAUUCGGGGUGAUGUUUUCUGUCCUACUACAGGAGGUGUUUCGCUUUGCUUACUACAAACUAUUGAGGAAGGCCAGUGAAGGUCUGGCAGCACUGAGUGAGGAUGAGCGAUCGCCAGUUUCAGUCCAGCAAAUGGCAUAUGUGGCUGGACUGGGGUUUGGUAUCAUGAGCGGAGCUUUUUCAAUGAUUAACAUCCUUGCUGACUCACUGGGCCCGGGAAUAGUAGGAAUCCACGGGGAAUCUCAGUACUACUUCCUCACCUCAGCCUUCAUGACAAUGGCAGUCACCUUGCUGCACACGUUCUGGGGAGUAGUGUUCUUUGACGGCUGUGAGAACAGGAGAUGGUGGGUGAUUGCUGUUGUUGUCGCACUCCACCUGCUGGUGUCUGGACUGACGUUUCUCAAUCCAAUAUAUGCGGGCAGCUUACCCCCAGCGUAUGUAAUACUGGUAUCAAUGGCUGUCUGGUCUUUCUUCUCAUGUGGUGGGUCACUGCAGAACAUUCAGCAGUUAUUGACAUGCAGGAAAAAUUAUGCCGAUUCCCAGGUUGCAUCGUAACUCUGGAAUCAGUUUCAGCAUCCCUGGGAGCAGAAGUUCUUUCCAGGACUUUCAGCCAUUUGGCAAAAUUCUGAUUGAAAGCAGUAUUCGAAGGGUAGCAUUCCAGUUCAAGCAAUACACCUUUUACUCCUCACAAACUUGUGUAGGACACACUACUCAAGAGAAUCAGCAAUACUGGCAUAUUUGCACAUGGACUGGUUGCUUUUUAUGCCUUCCCUUAAGCUGGAUUCUGCAUCUGUGUGUGUGUGCAUGGAAAAGUGAGUUUGGGGACAGAAGGGUCAGUUUGACCUGUAAUAUUUUUUGAAUGUACACCACCUGUUAAACAUUUCGACAAAGACUGCAAUGUUUCCUUAAUGGACGAAAACGUCUUGGUAUCCCAGUAGUUGCCUUCUUAAAAGGACACUGUAGGCUUUUGUCAUGUGACCACUUCAUUUAGUUCAGCUUCCAGUCACGUUUUUGUUACAUUCACUGAGAGUAUAUGCAUUUAUUGCCAAGCAUUGAAUCAACUAAUAGAAAUGGCUAAUUAUGGUCUAUGGUUUAGCCAAAGGGUGGCAGUGUUGGACACUAUAUUAAAAAAAAAAAAAAGCGCUUUUUUUUUUUUUUUAAACUGUUCACAAACGGCUAACAAACAUGUUAAUGUACAUUAUUUAUUUUCUGUUAAUAUAUAAUAGGCCAGUUAAAAUGGCAAACACCAGAGCCCUAAGGAUGACCACAUGCUUCAGAUCGGUUCAAAUUGUUACUGUAGUAGUGUUUCGCAAAUUAAAUCAGAAUUCUAUUUACCCAAACCCUAAGCUAAAAAUUAAUGUUUAAGUUAAUAAAAAAAAAAAAAAAAAAGAAAUGCACUUUUAAAAUAAAGCAUGACCGAAAAAGUUGAGACUCCUGUUCAGAUCUGAAGGAAAUGCUUGCCUGGGGCUAGUGUGUAAGUGUUUGAGGUCUUGUUUCAGAAUGUGAAUGCAGAUUCUGAUGGAACAGCAGGGUUUGUCCAUCAGAAUAUCUGUUUUUUCAUGUCUCGUGUCAUUUUGACAGACAUUGCAUGAAACUUGUCACAAAUAUCUGAUCAAACAGAUUUUCAGACUGCUUGGUUAGCACAAUUAAGGCUUCAGCAAAAUAUGAACACAUUUCUACCAUGUUUCAAGGGAAUUAAAAACAUUUCAACAAGUAUACAGUAUUUUUAUUAGAGGUGUAUUGAUGAAUCAUGCUAAUUUGCCUCCCAAUGCUAAUGCAAUGCUCCCUUCAGAAUCCCCAGCGAAGAACUCCAAAUUCACCCUCUGACCACACAUCCAUUACCAGAGGAGCCACUCUGAGACCCCCAACAACUUUGUGCAUUUUUUUUAGAAGUUAAUUUUUCUUACUUGUACAAGGAGAGAGGGAUUAUACUUUAAAGCCUCGACAGCACACGGGUCAGAUUUUAUCAUAAUGAAGUACAGUAGGUUUGGCAUGUGGUGUUUGGUGUGGAGACAGAGCUACCUUUAUAUAAGGUGGUAAUGGAAUGUCAGGUCUGACACAUGCAAGAACAGUAUUUGCUCGGGGGUUGCUGGCCUGGUAUGGCAAUCUUUCAUUCUUGGUGUCACAUCUGUCACAUUACCUUAUUUUUUAUAAAUGUUUUACGCUGGUGCUUAUAAUUUGUAACUUGUUGACUCUUUCGGUCAUUGGUUUAGAAAGACAAUGCCUCUCUACAGAACAUAUGUUGAAGUUGGAGAAACAGUAGGACUAAUAGUAAAAUAUACUUAUUGGUCACAAUAAUUCAAUAGCUAACUGACUCUUCUGAACCCAAUAUAUGUGUGUGUGUGUGUGAGAGAGAUUUUGUAUUUAGUACAACAACAUAAUAUAAAAAGUAUGUGCCAAAAGAAUGGAGUUAAAGUGUACUUCUGUAAAGCAACUAUUCUGUGUUUUUUUUUUUUUUUUUUUAAAAGAAUGAAAAAAAAAAAUUACGCUUGUCUAUUUUACUUUUUUUUUUUUUUUUUAAUUUUGUAUUUUUUGUUCUGGAAAUGAAACCUCUUUUUGCAAGUGGUCUGUUCACUAACCACCAUCAUUUUGGAAAACAACUAACUUGACUGCAGUUUCACAGGUAAUUUUGAGUAGAACAU